AGUAGCUCCUAUCCGCGGAACCUCAGGCGAUGACGUGAAAAAAGGUCGAGGACCAGAAAAACACAUCCACAACAACGACAACGACAACGACAACUAGAAUAUUUUGGAGACGCGAUCCUCGAUAUACUCGUUUAUAUACCUCAAAGCCUCGGUUUGGUCAUCUGCGUCCCUAUCUACGUCUUGACACUUUGAAUCAACCUCAAUCUGCGAGCCAAAUGACCAACGUACAAGUACCCCGCCACUUCCACCUUCCGCCUUCUGCCACCAUGGCUGUAGACAACGCCAACCCUACAAUCUUGAGCGCGAGCGAACUUCCCUCCCAUCGACAGAGGCGGUUCAUAAAGGAGGCGGAAUCCAAGAAACAUGGUAUCCGAGAGCUCUUGACCAGCAAGCCAACAUACGCCAGUGACCCGUUUUACCUUUCCGAUUCUUCAGACACAGACUCCGAUGAUACGACUGCGGAGCCUAUCGAUGAGCAGGAGAUUUAUGGUGAGAUCACCUUCUCUUCAACGCUCGUCAGCCAUAUGGUUCUAGUAUAAUAUCAAAUAUCUCAUCCACGACUAAUCCUACCCAAACAGAUUUACUUGCGCCCAUAUCAGAUCCCGAACAUCCACUCUCUCUCGAAUCACUUGGGGUUGUCAAGCUCCAAGAUGUUCACCUCACGUCACCCUCUGACCUUACCAAACCCGCCGCCUUGUCUCACGUACGAGUUGAACUUACUCCAACGGUCACACAUUGCUCUCUCGCAACCGUCAUUGGCUUAUGCGUAAGAGUCCGUUUAGACCAGGCCUUACCCCCGAGUUAUCGAGUCGAAGUGAAGAUAAAGGAAGGCACCCACAAUACAGCCGAUCAGUUGAAUAAGCAGUUAGCGGAUAAGGAGCGUGUGGCGGCCUCACUUGAAAAUGAACAAAUCAUGGCUCUAUUGAGGCGUAUGAUGAAGCCUUGCCUCGAAACAGCUGAGGUUGGAAAUUAGGUCUUGGUACUUGUACAAACCUAUUUAAUCUUCUCGUGACUGCUCAACCACCACGAAUUUGUACCAGUUUUGAACAAGUGUUUACACCAUCAAGGGUUACUUCUUGGCAAUCUAAACAGCAGCACAAAGGUUGGGAUCCGGGUACUAUAGAGUACAAUAACUCUUCACGCCUGAGUCGACAUCACCUCAUUGUUCCAUCGACGAUCUCCGCUCCGACAAUCUGGCAACCCUUUCUGGAUUGAAGCCCUUGGCAAUAAUAUACUGGAAUCCGCCAGAGCUAGCCUUGCAGGAGAGGUUCGAGGGUUAAUAAUGUCCAUGCACGGCACCCCACUCGUCUCCAAAGUCGACAGCUCCCAACCUUGUGCGGUGACCGAAAGGAUGAUGAAACUAGCGAGCGCUUCCUUGCAAGUUACAAACGCCAAUCGCCUCCGACUGCGGGGCAUCUCAUAUGUUUUGAGGAACAAUUUUACUGUUUUCUCUCCACGUCUGUCCCAUGCUUGACUGAAAUACGCUUGGUGCAAUGGUGACCAAUGAGAACUACAUCGAAUACUUUAGCCGUGCCAAUCGACCGGACAUUUCGAGCCUCCGUACUUGGAGCCAAGUUUACACGAGUAUCACAGAAUCCAUGAAGUGCCAGUGAGUCCGCAGUGACUUCAACCUUUUAUAGGCCAGGAUGUUAGGAUACUCAGAUUCAAGAAAUAUCAAAUUUUAUUCGGCACAGAAAAUACAGGAUUACACCAGAGAAAAAUCAACCUACUUGUACAAAAUUGUCGACAACUUGGCGCGGACAGUUUACGACCCUGAUAUGAGCUGUUGGAAUUAAUCCAUAGACGCAGCCAGUUCCAAUCACGUUUUUUCAUUAUUGCCACAUCCUAAAGUUGCCUUCUAGAAGCUUAUCCCACGUUUGGGCUUGCAUGGACACAUCGCAUGAACGGUCAUAAGCGAAAAUUGGAGCCUGUCCACAAAGGAAACUAUUGAGAAAAGAAAUGUUAUAUUAACUGAAUUACUACUGACCAACUGGAUCGCUGACCAUAUGCAGGAGAUACUUCAAUAAUUCGAUGACCAGAAAUUGAUGUCUCAGUAGUCAGCACCUUCAAAUUUCCAAAGAUUUCCACAAUCACGGUAGAUUACAGGUAUCUUCCACCAACGGACCAACAUACGGCCAACCCCACAUCUAUACAAGCCCAUCCCAUCCCAACCUUGGAAAAUGACUUACUGCCGACUAUGAAAAUACGAACAAGGAGUUAUUAGCGAGAAGUCCCCCUCCCUCGCCUUGGUUGGUUGACAAUCACGUGGCAUUUCUUUUCUUCUUCUUCUCUUCCAUUGACUUGCCUUCCAAUUACCUUGGCUUAUAGCUUCCCAUCCUCGCGUCGCGCGCCAUGUUCGUGCAUUCCCUUGCAUAUGAAUGGCACCAUCCCAGAUUAUUCCCUCCCCUUUUUCCGUUCCGAGUUCCGUACAGUAUGGAACUGUGGAUGGGGAGGUUCGGGGCACCCGUGGUUCUUUGAUGCGAUGUUGCGGCGUGGAAUAAUGGGGACGGGGGUUGGUCAGUGGUUGUCCUGGUCCUGGACGCGUUUUCUAUUGUUUUACUUUUGUGCUUUGGCUUACUGAGGUAUUACAUAUGGAGGACAUCCUGGGAAUUGUUCAUGGUUGGGCUCUCAAGUGAAAAUAAAGUACGGAGUGUCGGAAUGUAUUUUUUGAGAAUUGAGCAUUUGGUUUGAGUACUUUUCUUUCCCCCUUCUUUUUGUCUGGGUUGUAAUGAUGUUCACGUUUUGUAAUGAUGUUCAUGUUUUCCCUCUCCACUAAUAAUAAUGUUCGUGUUAGUAUCUUGGGGCCGCGAUGCGAGGGUUGUUAUCAACCUUUGUAUGGUUUAUUUUAUACGAGUACAGAUAGGAUUGAUUUACUUUUUGUAACAACGCCUUGCGAGAUCCCAUCUUCAACAGGUUUUGAGAUUUCAGCCUUCCCAACUACCCAUUGCAUGAAUAUCGCGCCUUCGUCAUUAGACAAAACAAUGGCCACUUCAUCGCUCAACCAUCCAACAAUCCACUCUCCUUCAAUCUCGUGAAUAGCUCUGGCUCCAGGAACUUGGCCACACUGACAUCCUCACUCAACCCCUUCCUCCUCCUAGUCUUUAAGACGAAAUCCCUCGCCGUCGCCUGCGCACUCGCCGGCUCCAAUGGUCGCAGGAUAACAUCCUUAUCCAAGGGAUCCCCAGGCACGAUACUCCAACGAUCAAAGACGAGCGAGACGGUCGCCUGUCCUUGGGUAUGGAUUCUCAAGUCCGACUCGAAGCCAAAGGAGUCGAUGACGGGAAUCAGCCCACUAACCCGGUAUAGAGGGGUUCCGGCAAUCGGGCCAUCGGAUAAGACGUGCCCGCGUCGACGUGCGAGGACGGUGUAGAG